AUGGCCAUUGCCGACAGUAAAUACCGUUUGGUUUUUGUCCAUAUUGGCAAAUAUGGAAAAGAUUAUGACUCAAUAGAAAGUAAUGCAAAACAUUUACCUGAUGAGAAAUGCUUAUCAGGCACAGAAAGUCCAGAAGUUCCAUACUUUUUUGUUGGAGAUGCAGCAUUUGGGCUGCAUAAACAUUUGCUAAGGCCAUAUGCUAGAACUCAUUUGACAUUUGAAAAGAGAAUCUUCAACUAUCGAUUGUGUCGAGCAAGAAGGUGCAUAAAAUGCGUAUUUGGUAUCCUCAGCAAUAAAUGGGGAAUAUUCCAUCCACCUCUUAAUGUUCAACCGCAAUUUGCUAAAGAUAUCGUUAAAGCAUGUAUCAUUCUUCAUAAUUAUGUUAGAGAUAGAGACAGAUACAGGACUGAGGAUACAAUGUCAGUUGUAGGAUUGAAAGAUAUUAGGGCUCAAAGCAAACAAUGUGAGAAACAUUUUAUGUAA